GAAAAAACACAUUGCUUAACUACUAGGGCGUAUUGUCCGAAACUGCAGUCUUAACGCAAUUUUGGUUAUUCUACUUGUCUUCACCUUUAGUAGGAAAUGAAACACUGCAGAGAUUAAUUAGCUGAAAAUUUGUCAAUACUUGCCAGAGUAUAACAUGGAUCCAUCUCAAGUGGGUGUACAUUCCAUCAGCAGUGAGUCAAACUUGGUACUCGAAGGGGUACUAUAAGCGAUCCUGGGAAUACUGUACUUGAGAGACGUCUGAGGGUGGAACUAAGGUCGUCGGCCGGCUGCUCUCUGGCCAGUCUAUCCCAGGACAGCAACAACAGCGAUACUGCUGCUGUCGCUGUUCCCGCCAUUACCAGUUGUGUCCACAGCUGUACUGGUGAGGAUCAUGAGCUGUGUGUUGGUAGCGGUUGUGUGGGUGGUCGCUUGGCAGGGUGUACUUCCCGCCAGCGUUCCCCAGCAGGAUGACAGCGACUUACCAGGAAACACCGUGUUCAACCAAAUUGCUCUGGCAGAGAUACUCGACGAAUUCAGGAACUACGCUAAAGGCGCCUCCGAGACGAGGAGUAACAUGGACGACGUGGUGACGUGGCUGACCACCCACCGUCAGCAGCAGGACGAUGUAACUCAAGAGCUACGACAGGUGUCAGCAGGUGUGAAGAGCCUGAGUCAGCAGAUAUCCACACACCUGCAGCAAUCACAUCCAACAGACGUGCUGACCACAAACACCAACACGGAAGACCUACUCCAAGAAGUCACCCUCCGGGAGACUCAGCUCCUCAACCUGGAGACUGAGAACAAUCGCUCUAGAGCAGAGAUCCAACGGGUGGACGGAGAGAUCUCUCAGCUCCAGGUGGAGACCAACGAGAUAAAGAACAAGGUCAGCCAAGUAGGGGAUGAGGUCAGAGAGAUGAACGAAGAGGCCAACCAGGGAGAGACAGAGAUCCAGCAGCUGAGUUUCAAGAUAGAGGAAGUGAAGGCCAACAACGUGCAGAUGAAGGGCGAGUAUAACAGAACGGUGCAAGAGACGACCCUCCUGAAGGAGAACAACCAGGUGUUGGGGGAACGCAAGAGAAUGAUAGAAGAGAAGAACACAGAGCUUCAAGAAGAAAAUAAACAGAAAGAAAAAAGAGGCACACAGUUGAGAGAGGAGAAUGACUUGGUGGAACAGAGAAAGACUAAAGCCGAAGAGGAGAAGGAAAAAUUAAAUCAAAGGAAGACAGAGCUGGUGGAAGAGAAGAGACAGCUUGAGAUUAAGAAUACUCACGACGAAGCACUGAACAUAAUGUUAGAACAGGAAAUAGCACAACUAAAGAGCGAACAAAGAAAACUGGAGGAGAAGAAGGCGGAGGGAGAGAGGGAGAAUGAGGUGGUGGAGGGAAGGAGGCAGCAGCUAGAGGUGGAGGCGGAGAGGCUGGAACAGGAGGUAGACGACUUGAUGGCCGUCGUGAACGAUCUGGCGCCAAGGUCGGGGGAAUGUUAGCACCAACCAACACCAUAUUGGCUGAUGCACUUCAGUAGUUGUGUGAAGAUGUCCAGUCACUCAUAAAAGUCUUCUCGCCUCUCCUCCUGAGUUACGAGUGUCUACUGCUUCGGGUUCACGAGUCUGAAUUUCGGGGUUCGUGGAGCAACAGGAGAGGUGACAGGACUUUUGUGGGUGACUGUACACUGUACAGUCCGUAAAAAAAAUGUAUCUUUCGGGAAGGGUCCAAUGAAUUUAUAACAGAAUAAUCCUGUUGUCUCGCUAGGGUUGGUAGGCGUGACUGUGAGACAUUUCCUACCUAUUCUGGUAGGCCUAAUUUAGUUACUUCAUUUGUAAUAUACAAUUAUUUCGUUGCAAUAUGAUUGAUCAUGACUACCAAUAAGCCUCGUGGGCCUUUAUCAAAAACGUUCGUUCGUGGUGUCAUUUUGUUUCGCACAAAAAUUGGAAAGAUAGCGUUUCUUUGCCGAGUGUACUGUACCUGUACCAUUCUACCGCUGAGUGAGACUGCAAGUGCUACCAGGAAUGAUGUAAUAAAACUGCAUAUGAGACCAAUGCGAGUAGCCAUUACUGUGCAGACAAACCCAACCUGGCCAGAAUGUCAUCCGUGAUAAUAAUAACGAUUUUUUGUCGUUGAUAUGACGGGGAUUUUUGUAUUGUUUCUGAUAUCCAAUAAUGUUAAAGUUUCUCCAGCUUAGAUCCAGUUGUCGAAAAUCAAGCGUUACAUUGAAAAACUGAUGAAAAGUGUACCCAGCCUUUGAGUGGUGCACCAAGGAGUGUAAAAAAAUAAAACACAAAUUUCAAAAGGGCGCUAAAUAAGCCUUAUUUGUUACAUUAAAGUCUGCUAUGAUUUGUAGGUCCCAAGACUCCCCUCCGUUACCCAGUUAAAGUUGUGUGACAGGUGGGUGUAGAGGUGACGGAGGUGUGUAAGCGAGGCCACAGGACAAACGUGAGACCAAGCACAGCUGAAACUAUUUCUAUCAUUAUCAGUUAGUCAUUAUUUAAAUCUUUGCAUAGACUUGAAUAUUAACUAAUUGUCAUAAUUAUCAUACAUUUUUAAAUCUUAAAUUUCCUUAUUAGAAAUAUUGUUACUAGUAUCACCAUUCUUUAUUUGUUCACAGUAGUUAAAAUGUCAUCUGUGAAUCAUUAUGCAACACAUUGUGAAAUAUAUCUCAAGUUUA